AUGUCGAAUAAUGAUUUUAGAUUUAUACAUGAGCAUCAGUUCUCAUACUUGUCUCAACUGAGGUCAUUAGAUUUAAGCAACAAUGCCAUAGACUAUAUUCCAGAUGAUGCCUUUAUCAAUGCUGCCAGUUUAGCAUAUCUACAACUUUCAAGCAACAAAAUAACACAUAUAAAGAAAAUACACUUUGAGAGUUGCCCCUUGACAUCUGGUUUGUAUCUAUCUAACAAUGAGAUCGGAUGGAUAGAAGAUGGAUCGUUGAAUCAUGUCACAUCUUCUGGAACAUUCGAUUUCUCCAGCAACAGAUUGUACAAGUUGCCAAUGAACGGAACCUUCCAUGACUUGUCACUGUCAAGUACCAAUGGUUUAAGGCUUGAAAACAACAGAAUAUCUGUCAUACGACCAGACACAUUUAAGGAUGUUAGCUGCUAUACACUAAAUUUGCAAAAUAACAGAAUCUCCCGUAUUGAAUCUGGAGCAUUCCAAGAUGUCACAGCAACUCAUUACUUCAAUCUUGACAACAACAAAAUUAGGGUCAUAGAAUCAAAUGCCUUUAAUACUGUGUCAGCUGGAGCUUCUUAUUAUUAUGGUACCUUUUCAUUUAAUGGAAACCUGUUAGGAGAAAUUCAGUCUUAUGCCUUUAAUGGGACAACCAGUAAUGAUUUCCAAAUGCAGAAUUUAAACCUAGGAGUCAUACCAUCUUAUGCCUUCACAGACUUCACUUGCAGAAGAGCUUACUUGCAGUCCAGCUCAAUUACUGAUAUAAAGAAACAUGCGUUUUACAACUUCCGAGCCAAUGACUACUUCUAUCUCAAUAAUAACCAACUGACAACCAUAUCAUCAUCUAUUUUUGGUGGAACAUCUUAUGUAGAAUAUCUGCAAAUGUACAACAACGGAUUAACCAGUAUUACGUCUGAUGGAUUUCGUAAUGUUGAUGUUGAUUACAUUUACCUACAGAACAAUGAACUAACUGUCUAUCCCAUAGCAUUGAAUGAAAUUACUCCAAUUCAAAUACAUUUGUACAGUAAUGUGAUCAGUAUAAUACCUAAAGGAUCGUUUAACAGUCAGACUAGAUUACAGCGUUUAUACAUGUACAACAACAAUAUAACACAAAUAUCAGCAGGUCUACUCACUCCAGCUACCAGUUUACAAAUUAUUGAUUUCCGAGACAACCAGAUCCAAUAUAUAGAAGAAGGGUCAUUUAAUGGACUGUCCUCGCUACAGACAUUAGAUUUAGGACAAAAUGUCAUACCAUACUUUCCGUCAGUUAUACUACCAUCCAUUUCAACACUUGACUUGGCAGAUAAUAGAAUUGAAGCAUUGGGAGGCCUUAAUCUAGGAGGAAGUGUGAAUUUAGACAAUAAUUUCCUUGGUUGUGAGUGUUCAACAGUGGAAAGUUUGUACAAUGUAAAGGAUGGCCUGUCUGCUAAUACCAUGUGUUACAGUCCUACAGCAUUACAAGGGGUUCUGUUUGCCUCCUCACAAUCCAGCAGUCCUGACCACUUCACUAAGAAAGAUGUGGCAUUAUUCCAGUGUAGCGGGGAGAAUAUUGUAGGCACAGCAGUAUCAAGUACAAACAUAACUAUAACAUGGAAUAGACCAUCAUAUAUUUACUCUCUUGUUAAUGCUAGUAAUGAUGAAACUGAAACAGCAGAAAAAGUCACAAACACUAUUGAAACAUGGGAAUAUUUAGUGACAUGCACAAGUAAUACGGCUACAACCCUGACAACAAUACAGACAGUUGUAUUAGAUUUCCCAGAAUGCAUUAUUAAUACACCCUGCAACACCACUGCAGACAACACAACAGUCACAUCCAGUAACUCAACAGCUAACAAUACCACUGUCACUGACUGUAACACUAUUGACUUAAAUUGUACCAAAUCAACUGAUCAUACUACAUCUGUGUCAUUUAGUGAUGUGGAUGGGUUACUUCCCCUGACUUUAUAUGAAUGUGUUAUUGAGUUGACUGUAGACAACUAUACCAGUGCUAAGAGUUUACCUACGUUUAUAUUUACUCCUGCUGUCAUUACUGGUACUGGAAAUGAAACAACUGAAAACAACGUUACAACAAACACAAAGGACAUCAACAUGGACAUGACCUUUUACGAUUUUAGUGCAGGUCAUGAUGAUUUCAGCUCUACCAGUGGGAUAUUGUCCGUUAGUCCAUUCCAUGUGACCAGUCCACUUGGUUCCUGGCUGGCUAUUUCCAAUGAUCCAACUGUUGAUACAUUCUCUGAUUGGUUUAGAUCGGCAUCAUCUAAUAUUGUAGUUCAAGGGGGAAUAACUCUAUCUUAUGACAACAGUACUACUACUUCUGUUGUUAGAAGAUUUUACUCUGGUUCCUUCUUUCCUGUGGAUAAUUCUGGUUAUGGAGCAGAAGGUCAGACAGAUUGUGGUGGAACACUUCAUAACUUUGCCUUCACAUCAGCCAUAAGAAGUGGUAUAACCUUCAGUGGGUCAGAGGUCAUAACCCUGGGUGGUGGAGAAGAAUUGUGGUUGUUUAUAAACAAGAGACUGGUCGUUGAAAUUGUAAAAAAUAGAACAACAUCUGAUGUACCUUGUCAGAAAAUAGAUUUAUCAACAGCAAAUGGAGGAGGCUAUGUUAUUCCAGAAGCAGGUGUUUUAGUAAAUGGAGAUUGUGUUGGGUUAUCUCCCCUCACAAGUGCAACUGUUUAUAUAGAACUAGAGGUAGGAGAAACAUACCCACUUGAGAUUUUCCAUACAGAGAGACAUCCUUGUACAUCAGAGUUGUUUAUACAGUUUGAGAAUGUAGAUCUACCAGACAAUGGAUCAUUGCCAUUUAAUUAUCAUCUUACGCCCAGGGAAGAUCUUCAUGUCAAUGGAAUUGUGGGAAUUUUUAAUAUAUGGGAUAUUUUUGCUACAGGUCCAUCAUUUCAAGUUGAAUUAAUAUCAGGAAAUGAAGCUAGACAUUUCACUCUAAAAGAAGACACAUUGGCCAAUAGAAAUGCUGCUACUACAGUAACUCCACCUACCUUUGAGUAUGCAUUUGUCAAAGGCACAAAUAUGUCAUACGUUGAAUGUGCCCCUGAAGUAUUGAUUCCUGAACCGAAUACACCUGGAUCAGAAAUGUUUACAAUAAGUACCAGUCAAGUAUUGUUGACCUUGGUAACAGAAUCAGACUAUGAAGUGGAACAAACUUACACUCUUACUUUGAGAGUAGCAGAUACAGGCUCAGGGCUGACUGGUUCCCUUGUCAUAAGGGUCAUUGUACAAGAUGUGAAUGACAACUGUCCAAGUUUAACCAGUAUAUUGUACAUCACACCACGACCUAUACUACAGUUAGAUCCUUUGUUUAAUGUACAGUCACAGGAUUCCGACAGUGGGAUCAACGCUGAGAUACAGAUCUACAUAUCACCUGUAAUAUAUGAAAGUCCACCAGUAGAUUAUACCUACAUUUCUGAUAUCAGACGUCAGGUAUACAAUGGAAGCACAGAACUUACGUUAGAGAUAGUUGGGAUAGAUCAGGGGACACCACCCAGGGGUAGUGCUGUCAACGUUACAGUCAAUAUCAGUAACACCUGCCUGAUAGAUGAGUUAUUGGACAGAACCAAUAUGUUAUUUACUGUCAACCAAUCAUCUGGUGAUGUCUACCUCAGAAUACCAGGGUACUGGGUCAUUAAUUAUACCUGCACAGAUUAUAUUGGUAUAUAUAAUGGUUUAAUAAGAGAUGACCAGAUGACUGCAUCGUCAUCCAGGAGUAAACUGACCCUACCAGACAGAGCCAGAUUGGAAAAUAAUGCAUCUGAUCCUGUGUUUGGUCCUCUUGCUGGAGGAUGGGUGGCAGGAACCAACGACCUUGACCAACAUAUAGAGGUCAACAUGGAAGAAUUCUAUCCGAUUAAACAGAUACAUUUACAAGGUCAGCAAGAUGAAGCUAAUUGGGUAACAGCAUUCAGAGUUUAUUAUGUUGAUAAUACAACAGGAAACUGGACACUUUACAAAAAUGAUGUAGGGGAAUUUAUAUUUCUUGGUAACAAUGACCAGGACACAAUAAGGACUACAGAUCUUAACCCACCAAUUGUGUCUCAGUAUAUCAGAAUUAACCCCAGGAAUUGGACAAACAACAUUGGAUUAAGGAUGGAGUUGUCUGGAUGUCCUCUAGCACUACAGUAUUAUUAUGAUACCAGCUGUGAGAGGUGUUAUACCUCCUCUUAUUGCCUGGGAGAUGGAGAAACACAUAUGUGUGGACGAUGUGAGAAUGGCACAGACCCAUGUGAUAGAAGUCCUACAGAACAUUCAUUUGGUGCACAGUCAGAGUGUUCACCUUGUCUGGAUGGUUGGAUAUGUAAGGAUGGUUACGCCACACCAUGUGCUAAUUAUACAUAUGUAUUGGGAUGUAAUGAUACAUAUUGCCCUGACACAUGUACACUUUGUGAGCCGGGAUAUGCCUGUAGAGGUGGACAGAGAUAUGUUUGUCUUCCAGGGACCUUUUCUAAGGGCAGUGAUGAAUUUUGCACCAUAUGUACAGAAGGAUUAUAUCAGGAUGAGCCAGGCCAAUCAGAGUGUAAAAAAUGUCCAUCUGGUUACUAUAGCAGCAAGUCAAAAGACCGCUGUAAUGUGUGUGAUGUUGGAUCCUAUAGUCUAGGUGACGGGAAAGUAGGAUGUAUUGCCUGUACUAGUACUACAGAAUGUCCUUGUAUGGGAAAUACAGCCUGCUUUGAAGCUGGGGGUAAUAGAGCAGGGUGUAUCAACAAAGGAGCAGGGAGUUAUGAAUGUCUAGACUGUCCAGCAGGAUUCAUUGGUGAUGGAGUGACCUGUGCUGAUAUAGAUGAGUGUGCAUUACAUCAUCCUUGUUGGAACACAUCAGCCUGUAUUAACACAGUUCCUGGUUACCAGUGUCUAGCAUGCCCAUAUGGAUAUACUGGUACAUAUGAAGAUGGACUGGCUUGGAAUAAUACAGUCCGAGUGUUUGAGCUAAUGAACCAAGAGUUAGCUCCCCUACAGGAACAGAUUUGUGUUGAUAUUAAUGAGUGUCUGACAGAUAACGGGAGAUGUGAUCCACUGUCUCCAUGCGUUAAUACUAACGGUAGUUACUACUGUGGGUUUUGUGCAGAAGGGUAUGCUGGUAUACCAAGUAUUAACUGUUACUCUUCAAACUACUGUCAGACUGGACAACACACCUGUUCACAGUAUGCUACCUGUAUUUACCUAGGACCAGGGGAGUAUUCUUGUGAGUGUAACAUUGGAUACACAGGUACUGGUAAAUACUGUGGUUUAGAUUCAGAUUUAGAUGGACACCCAGACAUAACAUUACCAUGUACAGACUGGGGUUGUUAUCGGGAUAAUUGUCGGAUGAAACCAAAUUGUGGACAAGAAGAUGCUGAUGGAGACAGAAUUGGCGAUGAUUGUGAUAAUGACUCAGAUAAUGAUGGUACUAUCGAUCCUUUAGAUAAAUGUCCGUAUGUACAUAGUUGGGAUAGAACAGAUACAGACAAUGAUACAGUAGGUGAUGUGUGUGAUAACUGUCCGUCCGUCACUAACACAGAUCAGAUAGAUACAGAUAAAGAUGGAGUUGGUGAUGCCUGUGAUACAGAUGAUGACAAUGAUGGUAGACCAGAUGGUACAGAUAAUUGUCCAUUGACAACCAAUCCAACACAAGUGGACUCAGAUGGUGAUAAUGUUGGUGAUGUUUGUGAUAAUUGUAUAAGUAUAGGAAACACAGCCCAGACAGAUACGGAUCAAAAUGGAUAUGGGGAUAGCUGUGAUCCCACUUUCAAUAAGGACAGAAAUGUAAAUGAAGCUGUUAAGAAUUUUAUGUUAAAUAAUCAUCAUUCCAGAGAUGGAGAUAGUGUCCUUGACAUCAGUGACAAUUGUCAGGAGGCAGCUAAUGGUGAACAGACAGACACAGAUGGGGAUGGUAUAGGAGAUGUUUGUGAUACUGAUUUAGAUGGUGAUGGUAUUAACAACUCUGAUGAUAAUUGUCCAUACCUUAAGAACCCAUUACAAACAGAUAUCAAUGGAGACCAGGUUGGUGACGAUUGUGUAGUAGACUCUGAUGGGGACGGUAUAGAUGACAGUAAUGAUACCUGUCCAUAUAACAAAUAUAUAUCUACAACUUCUCCCACCAUUAAUAUAUAUUGUAUUAUUCAGGAGACCAGGUUGGUGAUGAUUGUGUAG